CAAGUUUCGUUUCUAAUCGCAGUCACGCCUGAGAAACAACAAACCGUAGUUGAGUCAAGUUCUUCUCCGGGACUUGACAACGCCUCCUGACGUCAGUGACAGAAACCUGGAGGACACACCUGGAGGAAGGGGACAAGUCGAGAAAACUUCCAGAAACUCUUUAACCUCACAGAGUCCGUGAACGUGUCCUCGCCGUCCUGCUGAGUGUUAAAGCCCGUUGGACCCGCAGCUGGGGCGUUUAGGUCCCGCGGACAUUGUGGUUUCUCUUUAAAAAGUGUAUCGCGUUGAAGACUUCCGGGUUUUGACUCCAGGCGUCUCCUCUGGGUGCAGACAAGACACACGGCAGCAUGGACAUCAACCUGCAGCCCCUGACCCAGAGGAACGGCCGCGAGGGAGCCUCAUAUACUGCUAAUGAACAGGAUGUAGGUAAUGGAGUCAUGCUGCUCUCUGCUCAUGCAGCAGAGGAUGACAUGAAUGAAGGAACUCAACGCAACCACAGAGAGAUUAGCGCCGCCUGCAGGAUUCAGAGAGUGCUGGAAAAGAAUGUCAAACCGUGGAUGGUCAUUGUCGCCAUUCUUGUUCUCAUCAUUGCUGUGAUAAUUAUUUCGCUUGUGGUCUGCUCAGCGAUUCAAGAGGACGUGGACGACAACUUCGACCCGUCGUUGUUUGAGAUUCCUCUGCAAUUCAACGGGAGCUUCCAGCUGCCGAAUAUGGUCUUCACAGAGGAGCUUUUCAUCUUCACCUCCAAUAAAAGCAAAGUUCUGACAGCUGAGCUUCAAAAAAAGCUGGCUGACCUCUACGAAGCCUCCCCUGCUUUGGGACGAUACUUUUCCAAAGCUGAGAUCUAUUCCUUACGUAACGGAUCCAUCAUUGCUGACUACCAGCUGACAUUUCUCAUACCUGAGGAGCAGCAUGAUCAGCUGAGAAACUUUACCCUGAGCAGGGAGAUGGUUUACAACGUGUUCAGACAGUUUCUAUACGACCAAGAGUCAGAAGAUUCUGCUCCCACGUACAUUGAUCCCCUUUCCUUAAACAUGUUUGGACGACUGUGGUGACAAAACCUGCUCAAACAAACAACACUGGAGAACCAGAGGAUCCUGUUUUCUUUGGGAUUGAAGUGAGACGGUGUACCUCCGACAGCAAUGUGGCAGCGUGUGAUUUGUCAGACGUGCGUGUGACUUGUCCCACGAGUGUGUAGAAAUCUUGCAUGUAAAUCAUCUUCACAGGAAGCUACAUGACCACAGUCACACAAACCCACGGGGUGUGUGGGUUUGUGUGGGUUUGUGUGCAGGUCAUAUGGAUGAUCUAAUUUUGUGUAGGCUUUGAAGAAUAUCAAUAAUGAAAUCAAUCAAGGGUGCAGCCGUCGUAGAAUAAAAUUACAUCAUGAGGACAUUGUAUUUAAAAUUGUAUGAUUAUGUGUAACUGUGCCUUUUCUGACUGUAUUCGUCUUAAGAGUAUUGGUGAAAAUAUCAGGGUUGAAAUGAUUUAUCUUAAUCCCCAGAUGAUCACUUUAAUGUCACAUGUAAUCAUUAGUUCAUAAGUGUUUGUCUAAUCAUAUAAGUGUUAAUAUUUGCAUGUCUGUGCCAUACUUCUGCAUCUGGAUUUGCAAACUGAAUGUGGAGAAUUUGCCACAUCAUCAAACUCUGUAUGAUAUCAGCUAUAAUGGGAAAAUUGGUCAGUUAUUUUAAGUGAAAGCUAUACAUGCCCAUAGAAAACUGUUUAUUAUAUACACAAAACAUAUACUUUGUGCAAUAUCUCACUUUUUCUUCAUGUCAGAGACAUUUUGUUUAGCUCAUAUGUAUUUUCCAUGAUUGACCAGUAGGGGGGGUGCAUUGCCCACAUGUAGCAGUAACCGUUCACCUUUUAUUUUAUUUCUCACUUCUUUUAUCUACGUGCAGAGAACUAUCAAUUAUUUGAAUUGAUUAUCUCUCCGGAACAGAAUAAGUAUUAUUGUGUUGCAGAUAAAUUAGCUUUGCUGAUAUAUAUGUAGUUGACACAUACUGUGUCAGUGUUUCCAGGUAGUGGUCAUGUCAACAUGUUUGUUUCUCUAAUCAUUAGAGUCUAAUGGGAUCUGCUGUGAUGAAUGUUUAUGCCAAAUUACCUGGUGAUAGUCAGACGCUAAAGGUCAUUAUUAAGUCGACGAGACCUGAUGAGCCGAGCCGAGCUUGAGCCCAAAAAAACCACUAAUUGCCUAUUAUAUCUAUUUUUCAUAGUAAGAAAUCUGAUGUAGUUUUAAUGAUUUGAUUAAGAUCAAAUGUUUCUACUCCCGAAAUAAAGAAUGUUUUUUUAGAUACAGUGUUUUUACUGUUAAAACUGCAGUUAAUGUGAAGCUCAAGUUAUUAUAGUCAUUCAGUUAUUUUGAAAUAUGGUAGUCAAUGAUUUCUUAUACAGCCAACUAAACAAUCAAAAAACCAAGAUAUGGUGUAUGAAGUUGUACAAAAUUAUGCUUGAAUACAAGUUUUGGGGAAUGUUUUAUAGAAAUA